AUGAGCUUGGCGCUUCUAGGAGGCUACUCCUCCGCCGAGGACGACGACCCCGCCGCCGCCGACCUGAGCGACUCCGGCGGCUCAUCGGCCGAAGAAGCUGGAUCCGACGUCGACGAGGCGUCCGCUCCCCCGAAGCCGGCCGCCAGGCCUACCCGUCGCGUAAACCCUAGCCCCGGCGACGGGGACUCCUCGCUGCCCUCCGCGCUGGAUGUAUUCGCCGAGAUCUCCGGGCCACCGGACUUCCUCAACCGCAGGGUCGCUCAGCCCGAGGAGGUGCGGGAGGCGCUCGGCGUGCUCGAUCGCCGCUCCAAGCCGGGGAGAAAGCCGCCACCUCCGGGUGCGGUUGUGGCUGCGAAACCACAGUUGGUUGCCAUUCGUGAGCGAGUUAGCAAUGACAUGAAGAAUGGUGCCAAUCCUCAAGGUGUGGUUGUGUCGGCGAAACCACAGUUGAUUGCUGAUCAUGAACGAGUUAGCAGCGACACGAAGACUGGUGCCAAUCCUCCAGGUUCUGUCGAAGGAAAGAGAAAAAUCGGCGCCUCAAAUCCUGGUCCAGAAGAUGCUGCCGAGCUUCUAAGAAUGUGUCUCCAGUGCGGUAUACCAAAGACAUAUUCACACGCGCAAGGUAUGGUAUGCCCUGUUUGCAACGAUAAACCGAUGCAGACAAAGGAGCCCGAGAAGAAGAAGACUUCCGCUGUCAAAGACAAGGAGAAGGUCAAGAGGAUGAGAGGGCAAUCUUCACACGCUUCGUGGAAGAGCGAAACUGAGAUGGCUCUGCGGCAACAGUUUGACUAGUUUACUAAUUAGUGUUCACUGCGAAUGUUGUAACGGGAUGGCUCUGUUGCCUGCACACUGGGAAGAACUCUUGCAGUUCUCUUUUCCUUUUAAACUUGUACAACUGCUUCAUUGCCGAUUCUCAGGCUCCAAAUUAGCAUGGUUUCGUUUCUUGUUCUUGCAGCUCUGUGACAUACAUGUAUUGGGAUUGGUUUGGUAA